UUAAAGGAUGUUGAAAGCAAUAGGAAGAUGCCAUCUGGAAUAAAAAAUGUUCUCUGAAAGUUGCUCAUUAUAACAAUGGAUAGUUGUACAGCAGAAUGGAUCAAUUAGGGAAAUGAUUGUGUGAACCAUGGAAGCAAAAUGCGGAGCUUUUAUUAUGAAGAUUUGGGGUGCCUGGACCCUUCUCACUAUUAUGGUCAUGGCAGCAAUUGAUAAACCUGAUAUAUCUGCAACGCUUGGAACAACGAUUGAAUUGCACUGUCCUUCAGAAAGAUAUAAUAUGACAGUAUGGAAGGUGUACUUUAAGAAUGGAACACAAUGCUAUCUAUCAUUUAAGAGAGAGAACAAUACCAUAGCCAGGAACUGCAGUAUGAAUAUGGAUUGGGUGUCUAGACCAGAAGAAGAGUCUGCUGUUCAGAUAAAGUCAUUUCAAAUGUUCAGUGAAGGAAUGUAUAGAUGUUUCAUUGCUACUGCUAAAGGAAUGUUAAACAAUGAAUAUAAACUAACUAUAUUAGUGCCUCCAAAAGUGUCCUUGACUCACGAGCAUGGCACUGCUGUGUGCAAAGCGGCUGCAGGGAAACCAGCUGCACAGAUCUCAUGGAAUCUACCAGGAGACUUUAAAACUGUGUCUGAAAUAUUACCAAAUGGCACAAAGACCAUCAUCAGUACAUAUAAUUUGUCAAAGGUUAAGGAGGAUGAACUUACGUGCUUCAUCUCCCAUCCUACUUUGAAAAAGUCCCUUAUCUUAAAUCUAUUAGAUAGACGUGAAGAAAGGGAACAUUCUACAAUGACAAUUCUCUAUAGCUGUCUUACUGGUCUUUUGGGAAUUCUUGGAUUUUCACUUUCCAUCUAUCUCUGGAGAUUCUGUGGACGCCGAAGAAAAAUCAUUGCAACUACAAAUGUAGAAACAAUUUCAGGACAGAACGUCCAGGAAAAUGAUUUGGAGCCAUAUGCUACCUUUGUGCAAGUGGAAAAUGUAAUCUACGAUAAAGCAUAUAAUUUCUCGUCAGGUUAACACUUCUCAACUUUCAUUUUCAACAUAAGACAUCAUCAGAUUUGAACUGAAAGGGGAAGCAUGUAAGGGCAAAAUGCAUAAUUACAGUGAAUGGCAACUGCUGUAACUUCAAACCAAUCUCCCCACUGAACAUGAGUACAUUUUGCCUUUUCUCAUUCUUGUUGUCACAUGCCCAUCAGCCUGUUUCUCUAGCUACGUUCUGCAAUCGCUGGUUGAUAAACCAGACAAUUGGCUGUCUGCAAAAAAAA